AUGUCCGCCGCCAUGGUUAAUUCCCCGAUGCAGAAUCCAGUUUUAGUGGACACCGACUGGGGCUCAAAGAUCCUGAUCCCGUCAACGGCGCCUUGCGAUGAUGAUUACAUCCAAUAUCGCACUUUACCCGAUUAUCGCAUAGUAAAAUGGAACAUCACCCACUACGAUCGCUCUGCCGUCGCUCCUGGUUAUUUGUUCACGGCGCCUUAUUGGACACAUGAUGGCGAUGCGGAAACAGGCCAGUGGGUCCCGUACCAGAUGGGACCUCAUAUCUUCGAUCAGGAUGGUGUCUUAGUAUGGGCUGGCUCCGCAGAGAGCGACAACAGACCUUCCUUCGAUUUUCGAGUGAUUGAUCUAGCGAACCCAGCCAAUCCUGGUUCCCAACCACAGCAAGCUCUAGCUUGGAUGCUGUUUCACGAGCACCAGGCCCCGGAAACCAAUGGCUCCGUUAUAAUUUUUGACAACAACUACAACCACAAGCGUACCCUCUCUAUCCCGUCUGCAGAAAUUGACACCCAUGAUUUUAAUGUGAUCGACAAUGGGUCGAAAGCCCUAAUGAUCCGAGUCAGUCGUGAUGUACAAGCUCUUACCGAUUUCGGCCAGCCAGAAAAGGCCGCGCGAAUCGAUAACAAUGGCUUCAUCGAGAUCGACCUCCUGGCAAAAGGUAACACAACAGCCAAGGCGCGAGUAGUGGACUGGCAAAGUAGGGGCAGAGUGGGCUUGGAUGAAAGCUUCGUCACGAAUCUCACCUCCCUCCACGCGGACUUCAUGCACGCCAAUGCUAUCGAUAAAAACCAGUAUGGUGACUAUUUGCUCUCGGCCCGACAUACAAGCACGAUCUACCUUAUCUCUGGUCGAGAUGGCCAUAUCAUAUGGCGUCUUGGAGGAAAGAAGAAUAACUUUGUCAAGGACUUUGACUUUUUCGGUCAACAUGAUGCUAGGUUCAUCGCUGUGAACGAGACACAUUACGUGAUUUCAUUCUUACAGAACGGGGCUAUCGACGCAGAUGUGCAAGAACCAGUUUCGUCCGCCCUGUAUGUCGAAUUGGACGUUGUGGCUAUGAAAGCGACUGUCCUUCGUCGGUACAUGCGCCCAGACGGAGGAAGCACCGAACGCCGGGGGAAUAUGCAAACGCUUCCUAACACCAACGUCUUCGUCGGUUGGUCUUGGGACAGCUAUGUUUCCGAGUUCUCGGCAGAUGGGCGGUUACUUAUGGAGGCGAAGUUCAAUUCUGACAGACAUGAUACCUAUCGAGCAUAUAAAUUCCCUUGGGUUGGUCGUCCUUCAUAUCCACCGACGCUUUUGUCUGAAUCCUUUGGUGUCAAUGGGUCCGAGCUAUCCACAGUCUUCCACGUCAGUUGGAACGGAGCCACUGAUAUCGCAUAUUGGCGAUUCUUCGCGCAAGCAAACUCGACCAGCAACAGGACAGAAAUUGGCACUGUUCAAAAGAAAGGAUUCGAGACUUCAUUCAUUGCUCGGGGCUUCAUGGACUGGGUUUCUGUCGAAGCAUUGGAUUCCAGCAUGGAGGUACUCGGUGUAACUUCUAACCUGCGUACUGCUAGUCCAAAGUACUGGACUGGUGAAACUCCACCCAAGCCUGAUGAUCCCGAACUCUUCUUGGUGGACCACUCAAUCGAGACUUCAGCCCCUAGAGAUACCGGACGACUCAUUGGGCUUUUCAUUGCCGGUGUCUUUUCAAGCGCGGCAGUCUGGACCUUGUUUUACUACAGACACGUGCUUAAACGGUAUGGCCUUCGCUGCUAUUCCAAUAUGAUUUCGGCUUCGACGGGUUAUUUGCCGAUAUCGACAUCGGGAUUGAACAGCCCAAAUCCAGGGGAAGAGCUGACUUUCCUGGUGGAAAAAGUUGAAUGA